ACUUCCGUGUAUUGUUGGAUACCAAAGACAUCGUGUUCUCCUGAUCGACUCAUUCGACUGAUUUGUAAAAGAAGGGGCGAGUUGCCUUUCUUUCAUAAUGUCUUCCAGAAGCCCUAGGAGGAGAAAUCGCUCAAGAAGUUUCUCUAAGAGCCGCUCCAGAAGCUACUCCAGGUCCUGGUCUCGCUCUCCUGGUAGAAGAAAGCGCUCAUACUCUCGGAGCUACAGCAGGAGUCGCUCUAGGUCACGUGAUCGCUAUAGAAGUCGCUCUCGGUCUCCCUAUCGAAGAAGAAGUUACAGUCCUUAUGGGCGGAGACGGCGAAGUUACACUCCGCCUCCUCACCGUCGUCACUACCGCGGUCGCUCAGGAAGCAACUCUCCAAUGUCCUCCAGACGUCGCCAUGUUGGCAACAGAUUUAAUCCGGAGCGUAAUAAUGUGAUUGGUGUGUUUGGCCUAAGUUUAUACACCAAUGAUAAAGAUUUGAGAGACAUAUUUGAAAAAUAUGGUAAAAUUAACGAAGUCCAAGUGGUCUAUGAUCAUCAGACUAACAGAUCAAGAGGUUUCGCUUUCGUUUAUUACAAUGACGUUGAGGAUGCAGUUGAGGCAAAGGAGAGUUGCAAUGGUAUAGAGAUUGAUGGUAGAAAGAUACGCGUGGAUUACUCCAUCACUAAAAGACCUCACACCCCUACACCUGGCGUGUAUAUGGGAAAACCCACACACAAGUCGAGCAGGCGGAGCAGUGAAAGAGACAGAUACGAUGAUUAUGAUGAUUACGAUAACAAACGUGGUCGUUACUAGUAAGUUAUUGAUUGAUAAAUUGUUGCUCUUGUCUUACAAGAAGACUCUAAUAAAAAUAGAAAAUGUUGAGAAGUAGAGUAUGUCUUGAAGUCAAGUGUAUGGGUGAAGAAUGAAGGGAGAAAAAAAGAAAAAUGUAGAAAAAAUGAAGAAAAAGAAUUUUGUGCCAAUGGGGUUGAAGAUACAAAAAA